AUGGAAAUUUUCAUCUGGUAUUCCCUUUUGGUCUUUGGCCUGACACUCUUUCAGGAAGUACCAUGUCAAUUCCAUCCUGGCCUGAUGCCAGCACGCACUGAUGACGACCUCGGUCUCAUAUUAACUGUCCUAUUACUUGCCAGACAAAGGAAUUCGAACAUGAACAAUUGUAACAGACAGAGGAAGACCAUACCCAUACCAUAUCCUGUACCAUUCACGACCACACCCAUCAUCAGGUCGAGGGAUAGAGACGACAGAACAGGGAGCAAUGAGGAAACUUCCCAAGAAGAUUCCAAAAGUUUUGAUCUCAAAUACAAUCCUGUAAUAGUUGCCGAGUCUGAAGAAACCACCAAUUAA